AUGCUUUUAGCGCAUCUACUAAACAAGGCCGAAAUCAUAGACGCCAACACCGAGCUAAAGGCUUCCAAGCUGGAGUUAGUGGAUAGUACCAAGGGCAAGCUCAGCAAGAACAUCGCUAGGGUUAAGGAGCAAGCCGAUAAUGUCAAGCCUGCCGACACGGGGAAGCCCGUUGACAAGAAGUCGAUCAAAGGUAAACACUCUAACUUCUUCGCCGGUUUCCGGAGAUUACCACCAUCACCUUUUUCGGACUAUGACUGA